AUGUCCCCCCCUCCCCCCCCCUUGGGCAUGUCUCCAUCUUCCCGCGCCCUGCGGACACGGAGUGUCGGAAGGUGCGAAGAGGGAACGGGUCGAAACCUUAAUUACCAAAACGACCGCUUGCAUGCUCCGCCGGACGCCACCGGUGACAAUACUAAUUCCUGGCUCACGGCCGUAAGAGCCACUUAUACUCCCCACGAUAGUUCCGGCAUACCUAACGGUCUCAAACCCCUCGCCGAUGCUCUUGGGCCGGUAAUGUUCCAGCGCCGCGAGAUCGCCAACAACGACUCCACACUGCGCUGCACAGGCUCGAGGCACACCUGUUCUUCUUCCCUCACCCGUCAACGCUCGUUAGUAAACUAUUGGGCCGAGACGAAGGAUUCUGGCUUGCCUACUGGCUUUGUCUUUGUCCUUGGCGCGUUUGCGGGGAGCCAAGGCGAAAGAAGCACCAAAAAUACCCACGACAAAACGCAAAGAGGAAAGGACAACUCUGGCCGUACCGCCUGGACGGGAUGAACAUGCCGCCAGCGCAUGUCAUACAUGCGUCGCAGCGCACGCGAUUUGCUCUGCUCAGCUUGAUCGACCCCGGUCCAUCAACGAUCCAUCUCGGCAACGCGACUGAAGAAAUAAAAUAAAAUAGAAAAAUUUAAUCAAUUGCAUAGCAAUUGAAAUUGAAAAAUAAAUAAAAGACCUAGCCGCAGUGGAGAAGUGGGUUAGCGACCGACCGACCGACUCACUUAUCGAUCGUAGCCGGCCGUCACCUG